AUUUAAUGAUUUGGAAUGACUGGAAUGCAAGUAGACGUGACCAAGUAGACGUGUUCCAGACACUCUGUGUCCCCUUGAUCAAACAGUUCUUCCAAGGCUACCGGACUAUCUUCGCGUAUGGACAGACUGUGUCGGGGAAGACGCACACGAUAGAAGGAGAGUCGGAUGACGAAUCUCAUGUGGGAAUAGUUCCCCGCUCGAUCGACUUCAUCUUCGCAGAAAUGGAUUUUGUCUGCCAGGGAGAGAAGGAUCACCAGUUUUCGGUGAAGGUAUCCUUCAUUGAGAUCUACAAAGAGGAGUUGCAUGAUUUGCUGGAUAGUGAGAACUACCCCUUCAAGAACCUCCACAUCCGAGAAGACGAGAAAGGAAACACGACUGUGAUCAAUGCUCGGGAAGUCUCCUGCUCCAGUGCCGAGGAGGGAAAGAGGCUUCAUCGGCGAAGAAGUUGCUGAAAGAAGACUCGGGAUCUGGUGACCAUGUUAAUACUAAUACGUCCAAUAAGAACAGUGGGGCUUCAAGUGGAAAGAGAACCGGCCGCAACAAAGAUGGAGUUAAUCUGGCAGCUUCCAUUCAGAAUCAAGUCGACAAAAAGGUGUCUGACUUGACGGUGGAGCUGCAGAAGAUGAGAUCGCAGUAUGACCAAGUGCAGAAGAGACUGAUGGAGAAGGGUAUGAUUGCCAACACACACAAAGUGAAGGAGUUGGAGACCAAGUUGGAUACUCAAGAGGAAGAACGAAGAGGUGAAUUUGAUGCGGAAGAGUAGACGUCCUAAUUUCUCCCCCAGCGGAAGUGGAAUACAGCAGGGGCAACAGCAGCCUAUGAAUGAAGUGGAGGUUGAGAUGGAGAAGCUGAUGCAGAAGAAACAGAUGUUGAACAAGUUGGAGGAAGAGCCAGCCAGAAAAGAACAACUGAUGGCCGAAAAAGAAAAUGCGAUCAUGGAGAAAACCCAAAUAGAGGUGAAGAAACUUCGUGCCAGUCAGAUGUUGUCUGGCCAGGCUUUGGAACUAGUAGGCAAAGUUGGACGACUGGACGCCAGUAUCGAAAUGGCAACUGCCAGAGGCGACAAGGAAGACGUUUUGAAUGACUUGGCCAAACAAAGAGACGAUUUGCUGAACAAGCGUGACGUAAUUGACGAACAGAUUAGAGAAGGACGUAUUUUGGGAGAUAAUGACGAACGUAAACUAACCGAAUUGGAAGAGGCAGUAGAAAUGCUAGAAGCUGCAAUCGAUUUCAAUUCGGAGCAAAUUUCCACUUAUCAAGAGAAAGUGGAGGCUUUGGAAGAGUUCUCCGAGCCUAAUUGUAUCAAAUGGAACGACCAGGACUCAUAAACAUUACUGACAACUUAUUUCAAAAAGGUAGUAGAUCUUAAAGAGACUGAGAAAAAUUUGACUCUUCAGGAGAAUGAGCUGCUAGUUAAAGUUGACGAGCAGGAAAAAGUCAUUCGAAGCUUACAACACGCUGUCCAUCAGAGCAAAAGUGACUUCGACCGUAGGACUCCGACAUAAUUAAAGAGUAUAAGAAUAAGAUGCAGUUGCUUCUGAAGCAAAUACAAGCUACAGCUAGCAAGCAAGCUAACAGCGAAGAACUGACAGCAAAAAUGGCAACGGACCCUGUUAUGGAGGUGAAGAUUUAAGAUUUGGAAAGAGAGUUGUUCUACUACAAAACCACAAGUCGCGAUCUGAAAAAAUAAUUGCGCGAACUUGCAGCUUCUGGACUUGCAAGUGCGAAUGAUCCGAAGGCUUCAAAUGGAUCCCUUUAAUAAACUAAUCUAAUUCUAUGUGUCUAAAUGUACACGGUAUGUACAUAAGCUUAAAUGUUAAAACGUUAAAAGGAAGUAGUUGAAUUAAGAACGUUAAAAAGGACAACUGAACUUCCGUUCAUAUCGACCGAUGGUCGUAACUAAACUGGUAUUAAUUUAAAUACCGAAGGUCAUUAUAACAUACUAAAAACAAAUCACAACAUUUCCCACCGGGA